CACGCCUUUCCUACUGCAUCACAGAGUCUUCUGCUCGGGCAGAGCUCGUUCCCUGUUUGCUGUCAUUUGCAGGAUUUAAUAAAUAUUGUGAUUGAAACGUCAAACGUUGAACAUAGUGAACGAAAGUCAAGUGCAGCAUAGCGGAAUAGCGAGAGUCUUGUUACGACUGUUCCUGUACGGAGUUUACACUACGAAUCGCGGGGACAUGGCCAGGCCAGAGCAAAUCCUGCUCCUAGAGCCUCAACACGAUUUGAAAUUCCGAGGUCCAUUUACAGAUGUGGUGACUACAACCCUGAAGCUUGCAAACCCCACAGAUAGAAAUGUGUGCUUUAAAGUGAAGACAACUGCGCCACGUCGCUACUGUGUGCGUCCAAACAGUGGAGUGAUUGAAGCUGGGACAUCAGUUAACGUUUCUGUUAUGCUUCAGCCAUUUGAUUAUGACCCCAACGAGAAGAGCAAGCACAAGUUUAUGGUGCAGUCUUUAAUAGCCCCAUCUGACAUGACUGACAUGGAGGGCCUGUGGAAGGAGGCUAAGCCAGAGGAACUGAUGGACUCUAAGCUGCGAUGUGUCUUUGAAAUGCCAAGUGAAAAUGAGAAAACGCAUGACACGGAUGCCAGUAAGAUGAUUUCAUCUAGUUUUUUAAAAUCGGAUUCAUCCACAUUGUCCAUGAAGUUGGGGUCCAGUCUGGAUGAUGGAGAGGUGAAGAGAAUUAUGGAAGAGUGCAGAAGACUUCAGGUUGAGGUGCAGCGACUAAGAGAAGAAAACAAACAGAUUAGGGAGGAUGAUUGUCUGCGGAUGAGGAAGAACACAGUGAUGGCAGCUCCUCAUUCCUCACCUUCAUCUGUUACCAUGAAGGAGGAGGGCUUGAGUAUCAAGGCAAUUGCUAUAAUUGUGCUGUUUUUUGUCAUAGGUGUCACUGUAGGCAAGUUGCUCCUGUAAACAUAAGGAAAAGAUUAGUGACAGCAUGCAUUGUGAAUGAAACUAAUUUAACAAAGCAAAUAGUAUUGGAUGCUGAUUAUCCAGUUGCAAUGCCACUUCAUUUGGGUAGUACUGGAUUAUUGAAUUAUGUAAAAUGAAAAGAAGAAAUAUUUCAUUUUGUGUGCAAAGAAACAAUUAAGGGAAUACAUUAACCAAGCAGUGUCCCUGUAGUGACAAAAUGACAUUCAGGCCAUUCAGUGAACUAUUUUAGAAACAGUAGUGCUAAAAGUUCAUACCAAGCUGUUAUCUGAUAUAUUGUCCGUUAAAAGUUAUGCCUGUUUUGUUUAGUAGACAGAGUGCAGAAUCUGCAAGCUUAUUUCAUUGACACUGAAUGCAUUUCGAUGUGUUACACAUGCAUCUGUCACUUAAUAAACAGUACAAUUAAAUUGAUAAUUUAAUAUAUAAAAUAAAUGUGUGUAUAAUGAGCCAUAAUCUCUCCAUCAACUCUAAUUUGUAGAUGAAUAUUAUGUCAAAGAGAAGAAGGGCACAGGGCUGUCAGAAAAAUGCUUCCAUUGUUGAAAUUGAGCUUUAGCCAAAUCAACUUCCCGGUAUUGUUGGGUUUUAAUAUUUCUUUCUUAUAUUGUUUUUCAAAUGACUGAUAGUUCAUGUUUCUAACUAGGGCAUCAACUUUUUUGUUUGCCAUAAAUAGCUUUGCUAUAGGUCAGCAACAUAAAUGGGACAUUUAUGUCUUUAGUUGAUUAUCUAUUAUAAUGUUUAUGUACUAAAGCUACAUUGUCUAAGCAAUGACAACGCUGUGCUGUCUGAAUUUUUAAAAGCAGGCAAUGAUUGGUUGCCACGUACCUUGGAGAUACUCAUAGGUAAUUAACUUUUUCCAGGAUUGUGUGUGUGUGUGUGUGUGUGUGUGUGUGUGUGUGUGUGU